AUGGAUGUGGGACGGAGUCAAGAUACUGAAGCGGAUGGCUGCUUAUAUAACAGCCGAGUGACAAUUCCUGACAAAUCGCUAUUUUUCCAUUCUUGUACCGCUUUAAACCCUAAUCUGGAGGAUAUUGCUGAACUACCAGCUCUGCUGUUACACAAUAGGCCAAAUGACCAAGAAACAAAAAGCCGAGAAGCCAUGGCUUCAGAGGACAAUACAGCAGCAGAGUUACGGCAUUUUCUGAGGCAUCUGCUUGUAGCCUUGUUUUCGCUACAGGAUAAAGCUGUUAAAUGGACUCUUUUGUCUCCCCAGACCAGCUAA